GUUGUUUAUUUAGGCUAAACCUCAGCUGCUCAGACUCUGCACAGGGUUGCACGGUGUGUGUGGUAGUACUCGUAGUAAUGCAGUCCUUUCGAUUUUUGUUGCUUUGCUUCAAAAUGAAAACCAUUCUCGGCUAAAUCUUCGUUGCUGACAGAGACAAAAACAGGAACAUGAAAUGGAGAUCACACGGGCCAGACCGUCCUUGUAUGGAGAAAUCGCACACGGCCUUGGAUUCUGGACAGACCGGUCAGCAGUGCACGAGGCUGCUGCACAAGGCAGGGCCUUCCAGUUGCAGCAGCUGAUCGAGGGAGGUGCCGCAGUUAACAUAGUGGCUGUGGACUCCAUCACCCCCCUGCACGAGGCCUGUAUACAGGGACAGGCCCAGUGUGUUAGACUGCUGCUGGAUGCUGGCGCACAGGUGGACGCUCGUAACAUCGAUGGUAGCACGCCGCUGUGUGAUGCUUGUGCAGCUGGCAGUCUGGAUUGCGUCAAGCUGCUGCUGGAGUAUGGAGCAACUGUAAAUCCUCCACUGUUCACCUUCUCACCUCUUCAUGAAGCCUGCAUGGGAGGGAAUUCAGAUUGUGUCCAGCUCAUGAUCGAUCAAGGAGCUCACAUGGAGGCCCAUGACUGCCACUAUGGGACACCGCUCCAUGUAGCCUGUGCCAGGCAACAUUAUGACUGCGCCAAAACUCUCCUCAACGCAGGGGCAAACGUGAAUGCUGCCAAGCUCCACGAGACAGCUCUUCAUCACGCAGCCAAGGCAAAAAACACAGAUUUGAUUAAGUUGCUUGUGGAGUUUGGGGGGAAUGUGUACGCCACGGAUAACCUGAACAAGAAACCUAUCCACUACACCACUCUGGGAUCCCCAUCGUAUCUCUGCCUCGAGUUCUUUGAGAAUAACCCCCUGAGUUUACAGCAGAUCAGCAGGGUGGCAGUGAGGAGGAUUCUCGGCACAAGAGCGCAUAAAGUUGUUUCUAGGCUGGACUUGCCUAAUCGUAUCAUAAGCUUCCUGUCUUACAUUCCGGCUCCAGUCAUUGAAAUUUAAUCGCUGGUUGCAACGGCUGUUCCUGUGGCCCUUUCUUCUGAAAAUCAUGUGACAGGAUGUUUGAGCUGAUAGUGAUACCACACAGAUGUCUUAACAUUUCCCAAACUAGAUGGGUGUAUAGAUUUUUAUUUUAUUUAAUUUUUUUCAGUUAAAUAUGAUGACUUUUUGUCUAAGCAAACUGAAAAUGUGAUUUUUUUUUUUUCUUUAAAGGUCAUAGCUACAGCAACAAAUUAUUCUGACAAACGGAAAGAAAACCCUGCAGUAUUUAGCCUUGAUGUUUGACGUAGUUGGCAAACUUUAGCCUCUGCAUCAAAUGAAUGUUAGGUCAAAUGUUUUUGUUUUUUUAAUGCCCUUUUCCUCUAAUUUGCUUCACCCAAUACCGAGAAAAAUCUCAGCACCUUCUAGUGUUUAGGGCUUUGUUCCUUGGUAGGUUGUGCACAAUUUAGGCGAGGAAUUUGCUGCUCUGUGCGAAGACCGAAAGAUUAAUUUUUGCCUUUUAAGGCCAUGCACAGCAAGUGUCAACCUUACACAGGGGGUUUCCAUAUUUUAGAUCUCCUUUCAGAACUGUGGUGUGUGCCGACUUGUCUGGCACACUCCCGGUGUGUAUUUGUUGCAACAGGCCAAGUUCCACCUUUUUAAUAUCCAUUAUUAGUAGUUUUGAUUUCAUGUACUCUCCCCCCCAUACUGAUACCAAGUCCUGAAUUGGUAUCAGUAUCGGAGUGCACCUGUGUGUAUUCAGAGGCUUUGGCAGCACCACUCAUCAUUUCACAUUUCUUGGAAUAAUUUGUGUUGAUAUAACACCGUUUGCUUUGUGGAGUUUGAGAUGACAAGAAA